GACAAGAUUUUGCUUGAUUGAUUGAUUGAUAAAUUGCUGAAAAUGGAACCAGGGGAGAGGCUAAAGAAGAGGAAGAAGGGAGAAGUCGUGAAGGACCGGAAACUGUUCCGGCGUUGUAGGAAAUGUGACAACUGCAUGAGGACAGAAUGCGGAGUAUGUAAGCACUGUGUGGAUAUGCCUAAAUUCGGAGGGAGCUAUAAGUUGAAGAAGGCCUGCAUUGAACGAGAGUGUAUUGUUAGCAUAAAAAGUAAACAGGACCCUGACUUGAAGAAGAUAUGCCUAGAGGAGAAGAGAGCUGUUCUCAACAGCUCAAUGGCAGUACAGUACGCUAACGGCAAAACAGUCAUGUACAGAUCUGGUGAAACAAUGCACAACGGUAAACUGUUAAUAAUCGAUCCGAACCAGAAGAAUAAAUCAGAUCUUGCCAAUGGAUUUCUACACUCCAAACCAAUAACCCUGACCAAACCUACAGCAUUGAGAACCAAACAAGUACCUACUCUAAACCAAACUCAACUCAUUUAUCCUCCGAGCAGACUCCCUCGACCUGAAAUAACUACCACGGUAUCUGAACCUGUGCCUGAACCUAGACCAGUGCUGGGCGGAGCUGAACCUAGAUCUGAAGAUCUAAACAUUGAUGAGUUCGUGAGUCGGUAUCUGGAGGACUACUACAAUGACAAGGGAUUGGGAGAAAUUGUCGACCUUUGUAUGGGCGAGGCUGAUCUUAGGUUUGACGAGGACACUCUGAAACACUCAGAGAAUGAGUUUAAAUUAAAGGUUGACCACCCAAAACCCGACCUAGGGUUAAACGAGGAUGAUCUGAAGCUUGAGACGAGUCUCCUGGGUCGGCCAGAUCCCGAAGGUCCGUUGAGAGUUGGCUCUGGAGAGGUUAUGAGACUCGAAGACACUGAGGACCUUACAAGGCUGUGCUCUGGGGACGUGAUAACCCUUGACUCUGAGGAUCUGAUGGGACUAGGAGAAGAGGACAUGACAGGGGUUGAGGAUACUGAGGAACCGAGACUGGACUUUACUAGAAUUGGUUCUCGACUCGGUGGUGGAGAUUUUACUCGCCUGGGCUCUGGAGACUUACUUAGGCUUGGGUCUGGAGAGAUUUUAAGGUUGGGUUCAGGAGAGGUACUGAGGCUGGGAGAGGCUAGAGAACUGCUAGAGUGCGGUCAGCUGAGCAAGGGUAGUUGUCAACACUGCUCUAUACUAUCUAAGUGCGGGAAUUGUGUAAUCAACACCGCUCUCAGAGAGAUUGGGAACAUAAUAGAUAUCUACUAGGUUAACCACUCCCUAGGAUAUCAACUAAAUCUACUAGAUAUAUAACUGCUCAAGACAUCUCGGAAAUCUACCACUUAACAUCUGUCAAGUCUACCACGAUUUCUACAACCUACUAAUCAUAAUGUUUAAAAUAUCUUCUAGUUCAAUCAUUUUUGAAGAUAUCUACUAUUUCUAGCAAUAGCAUUGUACAGGAUACCUUGUUAAUGAAGUAUUGCACUACUUAAUUUUACAUAUCCAACACUAUUCUAGAUAUCCACCAUACAAAUAGACAUAUACCACUUGUCAAGAUACCUAUACCUAAUCUAUAUAUACAUCUGCCAAGCAUCUAGAUGUCUGCCAUUCUUCUAGAUAUCUACCACGCAUACUAGAUGCUGGAUCUGCAAUGUUUUAUAAAUCAACCAAUGUCUGCCUAUCUUUGUUUGAUGAAUCUGGUGUCAUUUCUUUCAAAUAUUUUCGAGAUUUCAUGUUUUUCAACCUUUUCGGAAUUUCUGACAACUUUCUUUAAUUUCAUCCAAUAAUAUCGAAUCAAUUUCUUACUUAAAGAUCUGUUAAAUUUAUUGUGGUUUUUGAUGUUUUAUGAACCUAGUUUUAGUCACGUUAAUCCAAAGCUUUUUAUCGUUCUGUAAAUUCAGCAAAUUAAUUCGUCAAUCAGUCAUGCCUCUUGUUGAAUAUUAAUUUUGUGCAAGUUUUUGUAAUACUCUAAAAGAAUUGAAUCUUUAUCAAGUUUUAUUAAUGCAUAAAUCGUUCCUGCCGUUUUUUAACUACCUAGUACCUAUGCACGCAAUUACAUCUUUACCUUUAUAACGCUCUAUAUAUAAUUUCUUCAAAGUUCCCCCGAUUAAACCCUGAAGUAUACGAUAAUGAUGUGUUUGAAAUAUUAUUACUCCAAUAACAGUAUUUGUACCAUCAUCCGUCUUGUAAAGUAUUUAGUAGUUUUUUGGUAUUUUUUGCGUUUUUUUGAUACAUCAGUUUGAUGAUUUAGCGUUUACCCUUCUGUUUAAUCAUACUGUACACUUUGCCCUGUACAAGCGUUAUUGAUAUGGAUUUAGAUCAUUUUUGCUAAAAAUCUAUAAUAUUUUGCCGUUUUGUUCUUUGCCCAAAGAAUUGAUACAAACUUUGUUACAUGUUCUUCGUUUCAAAUUAACAUUGUACAGGGUGCAUUCUGAUCAUGCAAUAUUUAUGCUUUAAUAAUUUUACAUUUUUGCAAAAUGUUUUAGUUUUUAAUUAGUUUGAAUUGUGAUCCUUUGUACAUAAUCCUGACCUUUAAGGGUCGAUGGCUUGUGUCAGCACCCUAGAUGUGGCAUCCACAUAUUUUUCACCCAACACGAGGGAAAUCAUUUUUAAUUAUUUUGAAGAUUUUUGAAAUGAGGCCAAUUUUUCUUAGAACUUGUAAAUUAUGAGUAGUGUAAUGUUUUACAGUACCUUAAUCUGUAUUUCCGUACAAACAUGUACAUAAUGUGCUUGUCAACUCACCACUGUCAAAAUGGCCAGGUGGAUGUAAAAUUGUAUUUAUAUUCUUAUUCAGAAAA